AUGGCACCCAAACUGGUCUUUCCGCUGAGUAUAUCAGGCUACUCAGUUCUUCCCAUAGAUCUCCCACCAAUGCCUUCAUUUCAAAGCUCUGCGACGCACUACAUCUACCUCCGUCCACACGAACCCCGAGUCCCCGACGCAGACUCCGCCCGCUCGCUUUUCGUUGUAAAUGUUCCAGUAACCGCCACAGAAACGCAUCUGCGACAUUUGUUUGGCGCUCAAUUAUCCUCCGGUCGAGUUGAGCGGGUUGAAUUCCACGACACGGCCGUCAAAAAACCACCAACCAUCACCGUCACCCCCACCCCCGUCACCAACGCCAAGAAACGAAAACGCGAUAGCACCGAAGAGUUACAAGUAGAGCUAGACACAAUAGAGCUCCCACGAACAUGGGAUCGUGAGCUGCAUCCCAGCGGCGCACACGCCGUUGUCAUCUUCGUCGACCGUCCCAGCAUGGAAGCCAGUCUCAAGGCGGCGAAAAGGGCGGCGAAAAAUCGCACCAAGCUCGUCUGGGGCCAGGGCAUAGAUGACCGCCGGUUCCCCGCCCUAGGAAUCCAGCGGUACAAAGCCCAUAACAAACUACGAUAUCCCGCACGCGCUGAGCUGCUGCGCACCGUUAACAAUUACAUGAGUAUAUUUGGCAGGUUUGAGGAGGCGCGUGCGCGCGAGGCGGCGAAGGGCGCUGAGGUGCCUGAUGACGAUGGCUUUGUGACGGUUACGAGGGGGCCGAAGACUGAUUCUGUAGCCAGGGAGGAGGAGAUGAGGGCCCUGGCGGAGAAGCAUAAGGAGAAGACUAAGGGGCUGGGGGACUUUUAUCGGUUCCAGACGCGGGAGAAGAGGAAGGAGAGGCAGACGGAGUUGUUGCGGAAGUUUGAGGAGGAUAAGAGGAAGGUGGAAGAUAUGAGGCGGAGGAGGGGGAAGGUUAGGCCUGAGUAA